AUGUCCAAGACACAGAGCAGCCGCCUGCGACGCCUGGCCGCGGUCCUUGCCACCAUGCUCUCGUGCCUGUUGCCGCCCGGCCGUGCCUUUGGAAUGCGUGGAACGAAAGCCACCUUGGUGGCUUCAUCCCCCAGUUCUCCUGUGAGCAUUCUGAAUCAAAGUCCAAGUUUCAGCGACAACAAGGCGAACUUCGCUGGCCUCACUGCGCGUUCCGCGGGGAAGACGACGGCCCCGAGGGACUUCGGUGGGAAGCAUUCGGAGGCGCUCUUCACGGCCUUAGUGGCGGGCCUGGCCACCUAUGCCAUGUCAACUCUGCAAAGCUUCCUGCAUCGCCAGCUAUGGGUUCCUCCCUUCGGAGCUGUGACCUUGAUCUUCGCAGCAGAUGCGGUGGCUGCGGCCAAGGAAGGAAAGACGAUGAACUUCAAAGUGAUGCGUCAGAAGGCGCUUCAAGCAUGCAUCGGUGUGGCUGGUGCCUGCUUCCUCACUGUUCUCCUGGCUCGUUUGCUGGGCAACAGCCCUGGCAUCCUGCGUGCGGUGGCCAUGGCGGUGGCCGCCUUCUCGAUGAUGGCGAACCCCAGCAGUGGCUACUUCCCUCCGGCCGGGGCCCUUUGUGCCCUCUAUGUGGAGAAGGCGGUGGCUACUUCCGUCAGCCCACAGUAUGGCUAUGCGCUCUUCCCCUGCGCCACUGGAGUGGCUUUGUUGCUGAUCCUGUGCCGGACCAUCACCUUCGUCGCACAUCCAGUGUGGCCGUUCUCUUCCAAACAAUGCGAGAAGGAGUUGAUGGCGCAGCCAUGA